GGCACCAGCGGUCCCGGAUAAAUACAGAGGCGGCUGGAGCCCGGGCAGAGAAGCGAUCGAGGGGCCUGGAUGUCAAGGGACGGAGGGAAAGGAGCGUCCUAAAGAUCCCAAGCGUCGAGUUCAGGCGGCAUCUUCGGGGCUCCUUCUGGCCGCGGAGCCCCCGUUAGCGCUUCUGCUUUGGAGACACCCAAAGGCGCGCGCUCCUGCGCUUUUUUCCGGCGUCCUCCUCUUUCGGGCUAUCCGCGAUGCCUUUUCUGGGGCAGGACUGGCGAUCGCCGGGGCAGAACUGGGUGAAGACGGCGGACGGCUGGACCCGGUUCCUGGACGGGAAGGACCACGGCGGCUGCGUCAACGAGCGGAACAGUUACUGCUGGAAAGAGGAGUACAACAAGGAGAACAUCUUCAACAACUUGAAUUGUGAUGUUGCUGCAAAAAAACGAAAGAAGGACCAGCUGAACAAUAAGACCAGGAUUCAGUAUUUUCAUCAGGAAAAAUGGAUUUAUGUACACAAGGGAAGUACCAAAGAACGCCAUGGCUAUUGCACCCUGGGAGAAGCUUUCAAUAGGCUGGACUUCUCUAAUGCUAUUCUGGACUCCAGAAGGUUCAACUAUGUUGUACGGUUGUUGGAGCUGAUUGCAAAGUCUCAGCUGACGUCACUGAGUGGAAUCGCCCAGAAAAACUUUAUGAAUAUCUUGGAGAAAGUUGUACAGAAAGUUCUUGAGGAUCAACAGAAUAUCAGAUUGAUAAAAGAAUUGCUGCAGACUCUGUACAUGUCACUUUGCACCUUGGUCCAGAGUGUUGGCAAGUCUGUCCUGGUUGGAAACAUAAACAUGUGGGUCCACAGAAUGGAGAUGAUUCUUCAUUGGCAGCAGCAGCUGAACAAUAUCCAGAUCACCAAGCCUGACUUUAAAGGAUUGACUUUCACAGACCUGCCCUUGUGUUUACAAUUAGACAUCAUGCAACGGCUGACAGAUGGGAGAGAUAUUGUGAGCCUUGGGCAAGUAACUCCGAGUCUUCAGGUACUCAGUGAGGACCGACUCCUCUGGAAGAAGCUUUGCCACUACCACUUCACAGACCGACAGAUACGCAAGCGGCUAAUAUUGUCAGAUAAAGGGCAUUUGGAUUGGAAGAAGAUGUACUUCAAGCUUGUGAGAUGUUAUCCAAGGAAAGAGCAAUAUGGAGAUACUUUGCAGCUUUGUAGACACUGUCAUAUCCUUUCUUGGAAGGGCACCGAUCACCCAUGUACAGCUAACAACCCAGAGAGCUGCCUGACUUCUCUUUCACCACAAGACUUUAUCAACUUGUUCAGAUUCUGAAUUUCCAAAUAAUUUCACUACCUAUCGCAUUAUUCUGAUGGGACACUUUACACUACUGAGCAAGAUGGCUCAAUUUGUAUCAUAGCCUGUAAAUAAUACAGUUUGAUGUUCCUGAGUCAAGAGGACAAGAGAAAUUUAGGAGGCAAAAGGAGCCAUAAUCCCAUGGCCUUGGACUCUUGUGAGAACAUAGCCUUCUAAUUAGACUGAUAUGUAAAAAAGCAAGGUUUUUGUAAAUAUUAAGCGUGAUGAGAAUUGGCAUGCAAGCUUUAGGGGACAAUUCUUGCUCAAUUUAAGAAAUUCGAAGAAGAUUUACCCUGCAACCAUUGGAAAUGUCUUCUGGAUUUUCAAAGCCAGGGGAAUGAAACACUACAGUUAAGUUAAAACUUGGGACUACUCCUGAUUUUGCUUGUUUAUUUGUUUGCAGAAGAUAUUUAUACCUAAACUUUUUUAAAAAGAGAUUUACAAGGAUAUAUCCCUUUAUUCUUAAAAAAAAUGAACUGAAUCCACAUAAAAUAUCCCAGUUUCUACCUCUGAAAUAGCUUUACAAAUAAAGCAAGGUGCUGUACAAAGCAUCUGUAUCAUCUACAGAGAAGUUUUAAAAAACUGUUGAUAGUAGCAUUCCAUGUGCUGCUUUUUGUUAACACUUAAAUUUUAAUUUAGCUGGCUGUCUUUUUUGCGGUAUUUAAAUGUAGCCGAGUUCUAGGAAAUUUGGAAAUUUCCCUUGAUCGUUCUCAGAAACCACUGAAGGCUGACUAUGUUGUAAGAGUGAAAUAGGCAGCUGGUUAAUUACUUGAGAAGAGCUCUUACUAAAAACAUGUUUUCAACUUUGCAAGCAGUGCAGAUAUAUUAUAUUUACUCAUUAUCAUAGCAAAAAUGCCCAAGAACCUCUGCACAGCUUAAAUGUGGAAGAUCCAUCAGUAGAUGAGGAUUUGCAGUAUCUGGGCUGCAAAGCACAAGCGGCCACUAGAUGUUAGCAAAGAAUUUACGCAGUGUUUCUCAACCUUGGCAACUUUAAGAUGUGUAGACUUCAACUCCCAGAAUUCCCCAGCCAGCAUGCUGGGUCUACUGGUCAUUGGGGCUUUUGCCCUACCCUAGAGUGCAUUUUGGCUGUUGCCUGUGAUCUCAUUAACUCAGUUUGGCAAUUUUCAUAUCAUUUGAUGUUGAAAUUGAUGAUGCCACAGGGGUUACACCCAGGGGUUAUACCUGCAGGUAAAAGAUGGGUCUGCUAGAAUCCUUCUUCCUAUUUGCUAACAAAUUUGCAACAUUGGGUUUGCAUCAUGAAUUUAGAUGAAGUACCUGAUUUUUAAAAAAAAAAAUUAUUAUAGAUGCAUGCACACGGCAUAUCCAAGUAAUGAUAUUUCUGGUCUCAAAUUCAGAUUUCUCAAUAGCCGAGAAAGAGUGUCUGGAUCAUCAAGAAGCUACCUUAGUUUGCUUUGAGGCUUCUCUUUGAGGCUUCUUCCCCACUACAGUGGGAAAAAUUCCCACAUGGGUAUGGUCUUUGUAUCAAAGGUUGAGGGUUUGAGAUGCUGAUGUAGCCAGGAAAAUAGGAAGUCAGACUGGAAUAAGGGCAUAUGAACAGAGAUAAGAAGGUAGGCAUUACGAUAGCGUUUGACUAAUGCUACCCUGGAAUAGUUCCUGGGAGUCAUUAUUGUCAGCUCCAUCUGCAAACCAAGCUGGUAGCUUGAUUCUGCCACACAGGAGUGCUAUGGAGUGAUUGCUACUGUUAAUGGGUACGUACUGCACAGGGGUUUUACUAGAGGUUCUUGCAAAAUCUUUGAGCAUAUCUGUGCUCUAGAAUUUUCUUUUCCCAGAGAAGCUUAGGAACGGUGGUUUGGUGGAAAAAAAUGAAUUAAGGUUCUUCUUAAAGAACCAGCAUUCUCACAAAAGUGCAGUUCUCAGAAGGUGACUUAAAAGAAACAAGCACAAUGAUAAUACAGGUAACCCUCGUUUAGUGACUGCCUCGCUUAGCAACCAUUUGCAGUUACGAUGGUGAUGAAAAAGUAACUUUAUGACCAA